AUGGAGAGUUCUCCUAAACAACAAAAUACGGAAGAGGAGAGAAAAUCUGCUGAGAUCAUCGCUAAGGAAGUUUCUCCUAAACAACAAAAUGUGGAAGAGGAGAGGAAAUCUGCUGAGAUCAUAGCUAAAGAAGUGUCUCCUAAACACAAUGUGGAGAAGAAAGAAGAAGAGUUUACUCGUAAACCGGUUGUCGAAAUCGAGGAGGAAGAGGAGGAGAUGGAGUCUAUAGAUAUUCAUGAAGAAGAAGAAGGAGAUAAUAACGUUUCCCUUGAUGAGAUAAUGUCUGUAGAUAGUAGUGAUGAUGAUGAUGAUAGUGAGAGUUCCGCUGAAAUAACGAAAGCUUGUGAAGAAACUGUUGUUGAUGAACGAAGCGGAAUAUCACAAGAAUCUAAUUCAUCAACUUCUUCUGCAUGGACAGAGAAAGCAGCGGCGAUCAAGAACUUUGUUAGAGCGAAGAGCGAAGUUGCGGUACAUACAAUGAUUCGUCGGCUUUCUGGUAAACUAAGUAUUGACAAUGCAGCUCAUGGGACUAAAGAUGAUGAGGUGGAAUCUCCUAAAACAGAAGGAAAGUCUUUGUGGAAUCCUUUAAGCUAUUUGAAGAUGAUGCAAAACGACGAAGAUUUGGUUUAUAGAGAAGAGGAGACAGUGUUUGAGCCUGUAGUGAUGAAAGGUAGGAUUAUAUUGUAUACAAGACUAGGAUGUGAGGAAUGCAGAGGAUGUAGAUUGUUUUUGCAUGAAAAGAGGCUAAGAUAUGUCGAGAUUAACAUCGAUAUUUACCCGACAAGAAAGGUGGAGCUAGAAAAGAUUAGUGGAGGAGAUGUUGUUCCUAUGGUAUUCUUUAAUGAAAAGUUAGUUGGGAGUUAUAAGGAGCUUAAGGUAUUGGAGGAAUCAGGAGAGCUUGAGGAGAAGAUCAAACAUUUGAUAGAAGAAACACCGCCUCGGGAAGCUCCUUUACCGCCUUUUUCAGGGGAAGAUGAUGCAUCGAGUAAAGGACCUGUUGAUGAGCUAGCUUUAAUAGUGUUGAAGAUGAAGCCUUGUGUAGUUAAGGAUCGGUUUUAUAAGAUGCGUAGGUUUAAAAACUGUUUCUUAGGUUCUGAAGCUGUUGAUUUCUUAUCUGCGGAUCAACGACUAGAAAGAGAUGGGGCAGUUGAAGUUGCUCGAAAGCUUGCAAGCCAUCUCUUCUUUCAACAUGUCCUAGAGGAGAAUUUGUUUGAGGAUGGGAAUCACUUGUAUCGGUUUCUAGACGAUGACCCUAUAGUGUCAUCUCAAUGUCACAACAUACCUAGAGGAAUAAUCGAUUUGAAGCCAAGGCCGAUUGUGGAAAUCGCAUCGAGACUCAGACUUGUGUACCGAGCGAUUCUUGAAGCUUACACUUCACCGGAUGGAAAACAUGUGGACUAUAGAAGCAUCCAUGGGAGUGAAGAGUUUGCAAGGUACUUGCGAAUAAUCCAGGAGCUUCAUAGAGUAGAGCUUGAAGAUAUGCAAAGAGAGGAAAAGCUAGCGUUCUUCAUAAACCUUUAUAACAUGAUGGCUAUACAUUCAAUACUAGUAUGGGGACAUCCAGCAGGAACUUUUGAUCGAACCAAGAUGUUUAUGGACUUCAAGUAUGUGAUUGGUGGCUACACUUACUCGCUUUCGGCUAUACAAAAUGGAAUUCUAAGGGGUAACCAGCGACCGAUGUUUAAUCCUAUGAAACCAUUUGGUGUAAAGGAUAAACGUUCCAAGGUUGCUCUGCCUUAUGCAGAGCCUUUGACUCAUUUUACUCUGGUUUGUGGAACUCGGUCUGGACCACCUCUUCGAUGCUUCACGCCUGGAGAGAUCGAUAAAGAACUAAUGGAGGCAGCUCGCGAUUUCUUAAGAUGUGGUGGACUUAGAGUUGAUCUCAAUGCCAAAGUUGCAGAGAUCAGCAAAAUCUUUGAUUGGUAUGGGGUAGAUUUUGGAAAUGGAAAAGAGGAGAUACUUAAGCAUGCAUCAACGUUUUUGGAGCCACAACUUUCAGAAGCUUUGCUUGAUUGUUUAGUUGAUACUCAGUUUGAAGUGAAGUACCAACCAUAUGAUUGGGGACUAAACAACUAAAUGACUCAUAUGUCCGUUUUUUUGUUUAGCUAUAUAUCAUUACAACAACAUAAAUCUAUAACUUUG